AUUACGUCCAACCAUGCACCACGGUCUGUCUUCACCACUUUCAAACGUCGGAGCCGCAGUUUACGCAGAGACCCUGAACGCAGCACGGCUGGUCUACAGAGAGACAACAGUCGGACGGAGAGGAGCCGCGUCCAGUUCACAAACAGGCAGAGACUUCGCCAGCACCGAACAAAAGCACGAAUACGUGUGGAGACAACCAAUUCUGUGAGGAUUUCACCACAGGAGCUCCAUGAAGCAAGACAAGUUUCAGAAAUGGUCCAGUGAGAGUGGACGAUGCCAGCUAUGAGUCAGAGUCCCUGCCUGUGGACUCAGCUCCCUCAGAGCAGCCAGUCGCCAUGUGACCGCUACAAGCACGCCUGCUGCAGCUACGACGGAAAUGUCUACAUCCUGGGAGGAAGAGACAACGGCUGUCUGGGGGACUUCUGGAGGUACAGCGUGGUGUGUGACGAGUGGACGGAGUUAAACUGCACCGGUGAGGCUGCACCAGAUGAACUCGAGGAACAUUCUAUGGUGGCCCAUCAGGUACAAACUCACAAUCAUAUGUUGCUCGGAUCUCUCAGCUUGUACUCCGCUGCUUUGUGUGUCAGUACGUUCGAUACGUUCACCAGAUUCGACCUUUUUCAGGGCUUCCUGUACGUGUUCGGAGGCAUGCUAGAUUCUGCGUACACAAAGUUGAGAUGUCCCCUCUGGGUGUUUGACAUCGCAAAGCAGCGGUGGGUGCACUGCCAGGGAAAGACGAGCUCCCCUCAGACCCAAACGCCGACCAACAGAAAAGGACACAGUGCUGUGGUGGUUGGCUCGGCCAUGCUGCUGUACGGAGGUUUCGUGGACAUGAAAGGAUCCUCGCAGGACUUUUGGAGUUUGGAUUUUGAUACCAUGGCUUGGUCCCUGCUGUAUGGUUCUCAGCAGGGCUCAUCAGGCCCCGGCCCCAGACACAGUCACUCAGCCGUGGCCUUCCAGAGCUGCAUGUAUCUGUUCGGGGGCUUGAAAGGCUUGAGGGAGCAGAGGGACUUCUGGAAGUGGAAUUCCACCAGCCACAUGUGGACUUCCCUCAAAAACAAGUCCGGUCCCUCCAGACUGAUGGGCCACUCGGCGGCGGUCUACAAGGACAGCAUGCUUCUGUUUGGGGGAGGUGAGAGCCAGAACUCUCCCAAGAGCUGCCUGUGGAGGUACAACUUCAGCACUCAGACCUGGGCGCAGGUAGCUACACUCCCAGGCUCCAACGCCCCCGACAAGAUCCACCACUGCUGCACCGGGCUGGGCCCCAGCUACAAGUCCAACAGCAGCAGCCCCUAUUCCAGCUCAGGACUCCAACCCAGGCUGCUGGAUGGGAGAGUAAGGCCUUUCAAGAACAAGUGCUUCCCUGCCCCGCUCAGUUUUCUGGGAUCUGAGGGAGCUAUAGAGCUGGAGACUUUCAGCCCGGACCGAUGCUACGGCAGCAAAACACUCACACAGUCCUCAGAACUGGUCAACAGCAAAGAGGGGCUGCUGGAAAAAGACUCGCUGCAGAUCGGAAACUGUUUGACCUUUGAGAACAAGGCUUUCAGGAGUAAGUGCACAGAUGAGGACCUGCUGGACGAGGAGGAUGGAAAUAUGGCCCAGCAUCUACCCGAUCUGCUGCUGGUGCUGGGGGGAAGACCUUGCACCGGACUCAGCCCGAUCUCCAUGUGGCAGAUGACUCUGACUGACUCCUAACAGCCCGGAACAACAGACGUUACCAACAACAGUGUUACAUUAUCACUUCAUCUUUGUUAAAUGUAUGUUUGAAGAGUUUACUGACGUUUUGUAAAGAAAAUAAUCUAAAAUAUUUUUGUAUUACUGUUUUUUUUUUUUUGUUGGUAGUUCUUAUGAUGUAAAAUGAUUUAUUACACAUUUGAUUUUUGCAGAAAUAAAUGUUCAGAAAAUGUUUUGACAUCUACAACUGAACCUGCUCCUUCACAACAUCCUGGAUUCUGUUACUGCCGGACACUUUGGUCUGAAUUUGUGCUGAAAGUCUGAAAUAUUUCUGCCCCACAUGUUACCACACCUACUUUAAUUUACUACAACACUGAGAUGAUUAACUUACACACUUAACCCUUGAGGAAAAAUGUUUUAAAUGUUUUUUACAUGCAUUUAUUUAUUCAUUCCCCCCCACAACAUUUUUUUUUUCACUUUUUAUUUUUUAUAUAUAUUUUUUGAAAAAUUAUCACAAAAAAUAUUAUGAAAAGAUCUUUUGAAAAAGAAUAUUUGAAAAAGUUGUUUCACUUGAAAAUUAGUAUUUUUUACUCAGUUUAAAUAAAGAACAAGAAAAUGA